AUGGUGCGUCGCUCGGGGAGGCCUGAGGGGCGGUGCCUGCUGCGGCCUCCCCGGCGGGGGGGAUGUGAGGGGCGGCCCGCGGCCAUGGAGACGGGCCCGGCGCCCCUGGUGGCCCCGCCGCGCCGUCACGGCGCCCCCGCGGCCCCUUCGCCGCCGCCCCGGGGUUCCCGGGCCGGGCCGGUCCUGGUGGUGGCUCCGGGACCGCCGGUGACCACAGCCACUUCGGCGCCGGUCACCCUGGUGGCCCCCGGGGAGGCGCGGCCCGCCUGGGUCCCAGGGCCGGCCCAGACCCCGGCCGCGGCGGGCAGCACGGUGGUGGUGCUCACCCUGGAAGCCUCAGCUGAAGCCUCGGAGAAGCAGGUCUCCCCCGGCGCGGAGCCGCCCGCGCCCGCGCCCGCGCCCGCGGCAGCGGCCGAGACGUCCAUGGCCUCGGCCUCCGGGACAGACCCUCCGAAGACCGAAGAGGCUGGAACCGCCCCGGCACCGGGGACCCCCAGCGGGACUCCCACCAGAACCCCUUCCAGGAUGGCUCCUGGGGCCCUGGCCGCCAAACCCCCGCUUGCCCCGAAGCCGGGAACCACGGCGGCCCCCGGAGGGACCGCGCGGGGUGCAGCAGGACAGGUGGUGACAGGUGGACCCGGGGCCGCAGCGGCGCCGUCCGCGUCGGCAUCGCCGGCUCCUGAGGACCCCUCGGCGCCAGGCGCGGGCCCUCCGGGGACGUGUGAGGCUCCCGUGGCCGUCGUGACGGUGACCCCCGCUCCGGAACCUGCCGAAAACUCUCAAGACCUUGGCUCUACGUCCAGCCUGGGGCCCGGCAUCUCCGGGCCUCGGGGGCAGGCCCCGGACACCCUCAGCUACUUGGACUCCGUGAGCCUCAUGUCCGGGACCUUGGAGUCCUUGGCGGAUGAUGUGAGCUCCAUGGGCUCGGACUCAGAAAUCAACGGGCUGGCCCUGCGCAAGACGGACAAGUAUGGCUUCCUUGGGGGCAGCCAGUACUCGGGCAGCCUAGAGAGCUCCAUUCCCGUGGAUGUGGCGCGGCAGCGGGAGCUCAAGUGGCUGGAGAUGUUCAGUAGCUGGGAUAAGUGGCUGCUGCGGCGCUUCCAGAAGGUGAAGCUGCGCUGCCGGAAAGGGAUCCCCUCCUCCCUGCGCGCCAAGGCCUGGCAGUACCUGUCCAACAGCAAGGAGCUCCUGGAGCAGAACCCGGGCAAGUUUGAGGAGCUGGAACGGGCCCCCGGGGACCCCAAGUGGCUGGACGUGAUUGAGAAGGACCUGCACCGCCAGUUCCCGUUCCACGAGAUGUUUGCUGCUCGCGGCGGGCACGGGCAGCAGGACCUGUACCGGAUCCUGAAGGCCUACACCAUCUACCGGCCCGACGAGGGCUACUGCCAGGCCCAGGCCCCCGUGGCCGCCGUGCUGCUCAUGCACAUGCCCGCUGAGCAAGCCUUUUGGUGCCUGGUGCAGAUCUGUGACAAGUACCUCCCCGGUUACUACAGUGCAGGGCUGGAGGCCAUCCAGCUGGACGGAGAGAUCUUCUUCGCGCUCCUGCGCCGGGCCUCCCCGCUGGCUCAUCGGCACCUGCGGCGGCAGCGCAUCGACCCCGUGCUCUACAUGACGGAGUGGUUCAUGUGCAUCUUUGCCCGCACGCUGCCCUGGGCGUCAGUCCUGCGCGUCUGGGACAUGUUUUUCUGUGAAGGCGUUAAGAUCAUUUUCCGAGUGGCCCUGGUGCUGCUGCGGCACACGCUGGGCUCGGUGGAGAAGCUGCGCUCCUGCCAGGGCAUGUAUGAGACCAUGGAGCAGCUGCGCAGCCUGCCCCAGCAGUGCAUGCAGGAGGACUUCCUGGUGCACGAGGUGACCAAUCUCCCGGUGACAGAAGCCCUGAUCGAGCGGGAAAACGCAGCCCAACUCAAGAAGUGGCGAGAGACCCGGGGCGAGCUGCAGUACCGGCCUUCGCGGCGCUUGCACGGCUCCCGGGCCAUCCACGAGGAGCGCCGGCGGCAGCAGCCGCCCCUCGGCCCCUCCUCCAGCCUCCUCAGCCUCCCCGGCCUCAAAAGCAGAGGCUCCCGGGCCGCGGCAGGGGCCCCCUCCCCACCUCCGCCGGCCCGCAGGGCCAGUGCCGGGCCGGCGCCAGGGCCCGUGGUCACCGCUGAGGGACUGCACGCAUCCCUGCCCUCACCUACCGGCAACAGCACCGCCCUGGGCUCCGGCAAGGAGAGCCGGAAGCAGGAGAAGGAGCGGCAGAGGCAGGAGAAGGAGCGGGAGAAGGAGCGGCAGAAGCAGGAGCGCGAGAGCGAGCGGCGGGAGAAGGAGCGGCAGCGGCGCGAGAAGGAGCAGGAGCGGGAGCAGCAGAAGCGGGAGAAGGAGCGGCAGCGGCAGGAGAAGAAGAGCCAGGCCCGCAAGCUCUCGCUGCGGCGCAAGGCCGACGGGCCCCCGGCCUCCCAGGACGGCGCGGACGGCGGGGACAGGGCCUCGGCCGCCGAGCCCCGGCAGGACGCCUACUUCUGACCUCUGACCCCGCGCUGGACUGCGCGGCCCCCUCUGCCGCUGGGCAGGAGCAGGCCUGGCCGGGGAGGCUGCCCCAGCCCCUCAGCGGGCCGCGGCCGACCCUCCGUGAGGAAAGCGGCCAGGGCAGCCGCCACGCGUGGGCGGCCGUGCCGGGCUGGAGCCCGCUGCCCCGUCAGGACUAGUCGGGGUCUCCGUCACUCCUGCCCCAGUCCCCCGGCCCCCCCAAGUGCUGCCCUGAUUGACUGUCACCACAGGGCCGCCACCUGGGGCAGGCGGCAGCAGUUCGCGGAUUCCUACACUCCAGUGGCUCCUCCUCCCCACGGUGGGGCGGGGGGAGCUGGGUUUCUUUUCCCUUUCUGCGGACCUGGGGUCUCCCCCACUUGCCAGCCCGGGCCCCGGCUCGCUCCUGGUCUCUGAGGCUGUGCUGUAAUUAUGUAUGGAGGACGGGGCCGGCGGGUGGGGGUGCCCGCUCCCACUUCUGUCCUUCGGUUUCCAUAAUGCUCUGCGCUCUGGUUUAUUUAAGGGGACGUGCACUGGGAAAGACGUCUCCCACUUCCCCUCACACCCCCACCCCUCCCCCUUCGCUCUGUAUUCUCAGGCCUCCCCUGCCUCGUCUUACCGGGACCCCCCCUUCACCUCCAUCCCUUCCAACCCCUGAGUAAGGGGUCUUCCCUUGGCCUUCAGGGGGUGGAACCCAAUGUUUACAUUUUUCUUCUGUCUCUGCCCCCACCCCUUGUGGCGCUUUGAGGAACCGGAAAAGAACCUGCUGUUGUCCCUGG